GGGGCGAUGGGGCGGGGGGGGCUCCUACUGCUGCUGCUGCUGCCGCUGCUGCGGGCGGCCCCGAGGGAGGCAGGAGGGUCGUGCCGCCCGCAGCCCUCCUGCGAGGAGUGCAUCAGCUCCCACCCGCAGUGCGCAUGGUGCGAGGAGCCGGACUUCUCGGGGGGGGCACAGAUGGAGGCAUCGCGCUGCGCCCCACGGGCGGCCCUGGAGCGCGCCGGGUGCCCCCCCGGGGCCAUCGUGGAUCCCCGUGGGAGUCUGCGGGUCCUGAGGGACACAGAGAGGGGGGACGGCGGGGGGCAGCUGCAGCCCCAUAGUGUGGAGAUGGAGCUGAGGGCUGGUGAGGAGCUGAGCUUCGCCGUGCGGUUCCGGCGGGCGCGGGCGGUGCCGGUGGACCUUUACUUCCUGCUGGACCUCUCCUACUCCAUGCGCGACGAUCUGCGGCUGCUGCAGCGCCUGGGCACCGAACUGCUGCACGCUCUGCACAACGCCUCCAGCGCCGCGCGCAUCGGCUUCGGCUCCUUCGUGGACAAACCGCUGCUGCCCUUCUCGGCGGUGACCCCCCGGCGCAGCCCCUGCCCCGCCGCGGAGCCCUGCGCCCCCCCCGUGGCGUUCCGCCAUCUGCUGCCCCUCACCAACGACAGCGCCGAGUUCAGGCGCCGCGUGCGGAGCCAACGCGUCUCCGCAAACAUGGAUGCGCCCGAGGGCGGCUUCGACGCCAUCGUGCAGGUGGCGGUGUGCCAGGAGCGCAUCGGUUGGCGCCCCGUGCGGCGGCUGCUGCUCUUCGCAUCCGACGACACCUUCCACACGGCGGGGGAUGGGCGCCUGGGGGGCAUCGCGCGGCCCUGCGACGGCCGCUGCCACCUGGAUGUGCACGGCGAGUACAGCAGCAGCCACCUCUAUGAUUACCCGUCGGUGGGACACCUGGCCCAGGUGCUGUCGGCCGCAGACAUUCUGCCCAUCUUCGCCGUCACCGCGCCCGUGGUGCCUCUGUACCGGGAGCUGAGCCGCCUUAUCCCCGGGGCGGUGGUGGGGGAACUGCGGGAGGACUCCAGCAAUGUGGUGCAGCUCAUCACCGACGCCUACGAGAGCCUGACCUCCACGGUGGAACUGCGGCACUCGGCGCUGCCCCCCGGGCUCAGCAUCAGCAUCCAGCCCCACUGCGGCGGCCCCCCCGGCCCCCCACAGCCCCACAGCGCCCGCUGCACCGGGGUGGGCGUCAACCAGGAGGUGACCUUCACAGUGCGGGUGAGGGCAGAGAAGUGCCUGGGCCCCCUCCAGCGCGUGGGGCUGCGGGUGGUGGGGGUCCCCGAGGAGCUGUCCCUACUGCUGCGCGUCCCCUGCGCCUGUCCCUGCGCACAGCGGCGGGGGGGGGCCGCCCUCUGCCGGGGAGGGGACCUGGAGUGCGGCGUCUGCAGGUGCCCCAAUGGCCGCCGCGGCCACCGCUGCGAGUGCGAAGGGCCGGAGGAGGAGGGGGGCGGGGGCUGCCGGCCCCAGAACAGCACGGCCCCCCCCUGCAGCGGGAGGGGACGCUGCGUCUGUGGGGCGUGUCGGUGCCCCCCCGGGCUGAGCGGCCGCUACUGCCAAUGCGAGGAGGGGGCGUGCGAGCGGCACGAGGGGCUGCCGUGCGGAGGAGAGCAGCGGGGAGAGUGCGUGUGCGGCCGCUGUCGGUGCCGCCCCGGGUUCGGCGGCCGCGGCUGCGGGUGUCCCCUGGCGCGGGACGGCUGCGUGCGGGGCGGCACCGAAUGCAGCGGGAACGGACAGUGCGAGUGCGGGCGCUGCCGCUGCCGCGACGGGUUCGUGGGCGCGCUGUGCGAGCGCUGCCUCCACUGCGCCGGGCGCUGCGUGAGGCUGCGGGACUGCGCGGACUGCGCUGCCUUCGGGCGGGGGCCGCUGCGGGGGAACUGCAGCCACGCGUGUAAUGGGACGGCCCUGCGGGUGCUGCCCCCCCCCGCGCCCCCCGGAGCCGCGCUGUGCCGGGAGCGGACGUCCGACGGCCGCGUCCUCGUGUUCCUGGUGGAGAGUGGGGGCGGGGAUGAGGACGAGGAAGGGGGCGACGUCUCCAUCACCGUGUGGGCUGAGGAGGCCUCACUGCGGCAGUCCCCACUGCUGGUGGCGGUGGUGGCGGCGGCGGUGGCUGUGGGGCUGCUGCUGAUGGCCGCGUGGGGCCGCGUCUCCGUGGAGCUCCACGACCGCCGCGAGUUCCGGCGCUUCGAGCGCGAGCGGCUCCGCGCCACGUGGGAUCAGGACAACCCUUUGUUCAGGAGCGCAACCACCACCACCGUCAACCCCAACUACCUCGGGGCUGACAACGAGGACAGCGCCGCCGGGACUCUGCAGUGAAUCCGGGAUGUCCCCACAGUGCUGGGGGGGGGGGGGGUGAAACGGGGGAGGGGGGGCGCUGGGGACCCCCCCCCCCCCAAACCGAGAAGCAGAGCCGAGGGUAGAAAAGGAGAAUGACGUUUAUUUAAAUACCCUAACGAACGCCACCAAGGACCGACACCACGCUACUGGUAAAAAGAGACGACUUUAUGACAUCUUAUAAAAACUACAGCUUAAAAGUGA